AUGGAUCCCAACCCAGGAACCUUCCCCAUUCUCUCCUACGUCAUGUCCCGUAUCCCUUCCUUCGGUCCCAGAACUCCCACCGCCACCGCCACCGCAUCCCAUUCUCAAUUCGACAUCGAACAACCGCAACCCUCGGACCCUUCUUCUUCAAUCGUAGGCCAAAUGCCGCAUCUGGCGGACCCUAAAAUGUUGGCGUCCAUGACCCGGGCCAUCUCCGAUGUCGCCCAGGCCCGAUCCGUUCUCAAGCUGAUCGGAACCCGGCCCACCCACGAGGACGUGGACGAUGCGAAGGCCAAGCUGGUGGACCUAGAAGCCCAUCUGUCCCGUCAACUGGAGGAGAUCGUGGGCCUCCCCAGGCCCCCCGAGAUCGACAUCCCCCAGUGGCGGGCCCACCUAGCAGACAGAGAGAAGCAGUGCAGGGAUGCCUCGGAGAAAGAGAAACGCCUUCUCAAGUCGCUGAUUCAGCUGGACGAGAUGCACGACUCUUACGAGAAACUCCUCAAAGACGCGGAGAAGCGCUUGGUGAAGAUUUACGAGGACGAGGGUGAAAACGACAACGACAAUGUUGGUAACGAAGUGAACGAACAAGUGGAAGGAAUACUGGAAGCAGCCACUGGGAAUGGGGUGGAGCGAGUGAAUCUUUCAGGGAAACGCCUGAAGAUUCUGCCUGAGGCAUUUGGCCGCAUUCCUGCAUUGGUCGUGCUCGAUGUCUCCACCAAUCAACUCUCGGUCAUUCCCGACUCUAUAUCUGGAUUGCAAAAUCUUGAAGACCUUAAUAUCUCUUCCAAUCAAUUGGAGUCACUUCCAGAUUCAAUUGGCUUGUUGCAGAAGUUGAAAUUCCUCAAUGUCUCUGGAAACAAGCUCACUGCCCUUCCCGAUUCCAUCAGUCAGUGCAGGUCAUUGGUGGAGCUAAAUGCAAGCUUUAACGGUCUCUCAUAUUUGCCAACAAACAUUGGAUUUGAAUUGGGGAAUUUACAGAAGCUCAUGAUUCAGUUGAACAAGAUUCGAUCUCUUCCCUCAUCUAUUUGUGAGAUGAAAUCUUUGCGCUAUCUGGAUGCUCACUUUAAUGAGCUGCAUGGGCUUCCUAUUGCAAUUGGGAAAUUGACUAGUCUUGAAGUUAUCAACUUGAGCAGUAACUUCAGUGACCUUCAAGAACUUCCGGAGACGUUUGGUGAUCUGAUUAGCCUAAGGGAAUUGGAUCUCAGCAACAACCAAAUUCAUGCGCUUCCUGAUACAUUUGGUCGCCUUCAUAAUUUGACCAAGCUAAACUUGGAGCAAAAUCCUCUUGAGGUGCCACCUGUGGAGAUUGUAAAUCAAGGGGUCCAAGCCAUAAAGAGUUUCAUGGCCCAGAGGUGGAUUGAUAUAUUGGCAGAGGAAGAAAGGAAAAGCACUCAUGAAUUGCAAGAACAAGGAGAAAAUGGGUGGUUAACUAGAAGCACCUCUUGGUUGAAGAACGUUUCUGGAAAUGUUACUGAGUAUAUUGGAACGACCAUGAUGUCCCCCAGAAGUCCCAAAGAUGCCUAUCUCGAUCAGCAGCUAUGA